UCUGAAUACAAUUUCAGUAUCCUUGCAUCGCACUUUUUGCCAUACCAGUAAUACUUUGUGGAACCUUCAGAAUUUUUCUUUCUGAAAAUAGUUUCCCUAAUUAAUCUGGAGACCUUUUUAAACUUAAACAAAUGAAUAUUAGUGUACUGGACGCAAUUCAUGCUCUCAACGAACUUUCAAUGCAAGACUAUUUGCCUCGUCCGCGAGGAGGAGGAGUUCUUCUCAGCCACAUAACUCAGUAUUAUCAAAGCAAGGAUGGAAUCGAACCCCUCGCGAAAAAAAUUAUCGAGUCACUGAGAAGCCAUACAAUGAAGGACGACGAUAUGGCACACAUUUCAUGCCAAUCAAUGAUUGCAAUGGUCGCAGAACCGUUGCCUAUGGAAGAAAAAUCAUGGAUUAUUCAACUUCUGAUUCAAUGGGUUCAUAUCACGAAUACUGCCAACGACGUUUUAGCUUGUAUUCUUCAAUCCCUUCGGUCAUUCAACGUUCAUUUUAACGAAGUAUACGCGAUUCGGACGGCGAUUUUCAACUAUGUCACACAACCAGAGCUUAACACUGAAACGUUGAUUGAGAUCUUACCGGACGGAAAACUCAUUCUGAACCCACGUGACGCUUCAAAGUAUGCUGAAAAACCUUGCGAUGAACAUAUUUUCAUUCUCAAACAGCUUCAAAAACUGGUUUCAUACAAGAAAUUCACGUACUUCACGGCUCUGAUACAAUAUGAUUUUGCUCGCUGUAACUCUGAAACUCGCUGCAGCCAGAUUUCUAGACCAAUAUCAAACUACAAGUCUUCUGGAUUUGAUAUGGAAAAUCAAAGUUUAUUCUCUGUUGGUUUUGGAAAGUAUUCCUUCUCGGAUGGUGUUUCUCCUGCUGAGGAUUUGAUGACUAACGAGCAUAAUUCGGCAUUGGAAAUGUAUCAAAGUAGUAUGAAAGCCCUUGAAAAUUUCAAGUGCAAUGAAAAAUUGGUUGGAAAACAAUGGGUAGUAACAACGAUUGAAGAAGAUAGUGAUGAUGAAGUCGAUGAGGAAGAACAAUGGAACCUCUCAGCUACCGAAGCAACAUCCGAUUCUGAUUCUGGGAUUCAUUUCGACUCGGAUUCUUCUGAACCACUUUCAAACCUUUCGACUCCAAUGCCUUUCUACACGAAACCACUACCAAAGACUAUAAAAGUUCAAGAAUAAUGGUAAUAUGAAUUCCUGAUUUCAAUUUAUUGACACCCCAAACUGUAGUGCUUCCAUAUUCCCUUACUUUUAUCUACACUCAAUUAACACGGAAUGUUUUUUGGUAAUGAGUAUUCUGUUCGAUUUUACCUUUUUUUUGUAACAUCUGUUUUCAUUUUGUGACUUUGUUGUUUAUGUUUGAACUUUUUUUUAAAUAUACUUUUUUAUU